UGCCCCUGAGGCCCUCGGCUGCUGGGGUCCGCAGGAAGCCGAGCCAUGAAUGACCGGAGCAGCCGGAGGCGGACAAUGAAGGACGAUGAGACCUUCGAGAUCUCCAUCCCCUUCGACGAGGCGCCCCACCUAGACUCACAGAUCUUUUACAGUCUGAGCCCCACUGGGAGAAACUUCGAGGAGCCCCCGGAGGGUGCGUCCCCCGCCCUGGCUCUGAUGAACAGCGUCAAGGCCCAGCUGCACAUGGCUCUGGAGAGGAACUCCUGGCUGCAGAAACGCAUCGAAGACCUGGAGGAAGAGAGGGACUUCCUGCGGUGCCAGCUGGACAAAUUCAUCUCUUCUGCUCGGAUGGAGGCAGAGGACCACUGCCGGAUGAAGCCUGGGCCCAGGCGGAUGGAGGGGGACAGCCGUGGUGGGGCUGGGGGCGAGGCCUCGGAUCCUGAGUCAGCAGCCUCCUCCCUCAGCGGAGCGUCCGAAGAAGGCAGCGCCAGUGAGAGGAGGCGGCAGAAGCAGAAGGGAGGUGCUAGUCGGAGGCGCUUUGGGAAGCCCAAGGCCCGGGAGAGGCAGCGAGUGAAGGACGCCGACGGGGUCCUCUGCCGGUACAAGAAGAUCCUGGGCACCUUCCAGAAGCUCAAGAGCAUGUCGCGGGCCUUCGAGCACCACCGCGUGGACAGGAACACCGUGGCGCUGACCACGCCCAUCGCCGAGCUGCUCAUCGUGGCCCCCGAGAAGCUGGCCGAGGUGGGCGAGUUCGACCCCUCCAAGGAGCGCCUGCUCGAGUACUCCCGCCGCUGCUUUCUGGCCCUGGACGACGAGACACUCAAGAAGGUGCAGGCGCUCAAGAAGAGCAAGCUGCUGCUGCCCAUCACCUACCGCUUCAAGCGGUGAUCGCACCGCGCCUCCGCCCGGGCCUUCCUCCCCCGCGGACCCCGGCCCUCCCCAGACCCCGGUGGAUGACCUGCCCCUCUCCCCGCCGCGCCCCUGCCCCUCCUCCUCGCUCCCUGGGUUGGGGGGCUCCCUUAGCCGGGCCCCUAAGCGCGACGGCCCCGGACAGGCCGCGGCCCCUUCCCGAACGCCGGCACCCCCUUCCGCUUGGGCUGCCCAGCCUUGUCCUCGCCGGGCCCCUUCCUCCUGGAAAACCAGGCAGGCGGGUGCCCCCCUCUCGGGUGGGGGACUGUACAGACCCCGUCUCCGCCCCGGCCCCGGCCCCGCGGAGGAGCUGCCCACCUGAUUCCCGGACAGACCUCCCCAACUCCGCGUGAGACAGAGAAUUAUUCAGAGAAUUUAAAUUAAAAAACGAUGUCAAAAUUUGGAAUAAA